ACAAAGGCCAAAAAAUUCCGGAAAAGUUUAUAAUAAAGGAAUCCAUUAGGGCCACAGAUGUAAUUCCGGUUUAACUUUUUAACAAAUAAAAUAAAUGAAAUUCCAUCAUCAGUCGUUUCAUUGGACAGCUCAUUAUCUUCAUCCCCUUUCUUUAUUUUAACCCCACUGCCACGGCUCUUCUCCCUCCUCCGCCUCCAACCACCGCGCCUCCGCCACCCGUCGAAUUUAUCGUCCCCCAAUUGCCCUGUAAAUAGACUGCACAUAAAAUUUCCCUUUGAAUCGAUUACACUGUAAAAAUUCAUUCAAUUCAGUUGAUAAAGUGCUAUAGGGAGAAAUAUGGCUGCAUUAUUGGAAGAAAUAGUUAAGUCCUUGGAGCUAUGGCUGAGGUUGAUCAAGAAAACCCCUCAGGAGUACGUGGACCCUACUCUUGAUCCUGUUCUUUUAGUCCCUGGGGUUGCUGGCUCGAUUCUCAACGCCGUCAAUGAAAAAACCGGUAGAGAAGAACGGGUUUGGGUUCGGAUUCUGGCUGCAGAUCAUGAAUUUCGGACCAAGCUCUGGUCUCUCUUUGACCCGUCCACAGGUGAAACCGUGUCCAUCAACCCAAAUUGGAAGGUUGAGGUUCCAGAGGAUAGAUUCGGGUUGUAUGCCAUCGAUACAUUGGAUCCUGACAUGGUUAUUGGGCGUGAUACUGUCUAUUAUUUCCAUGACAUGAUUGAGGAAAUGCUCAAGUGGGGCUACAAGGAAGGAGAAACACUCUUUGGGUUUGGAUAUGAUUUUCGCCAGAGUAACAGGUUUCGUGGGACGAUGGAGCGUUUUGCUGCGAAGUUGGAGUCUGUAUAUAAUGCAUCCGGUGGCAAAAAGAUAAAUAUUAUAAGCCAUUCCAUGGGGGGACUUCUUGUAAAAUGUUUCAUGUCUUUGUACAGUGAUGUCUUUGAGAAGUAUGUUAAGAAUUGGAUAGCCAUAGCUGCACCUUUUAGGGGUGCACCAGGAUAUGUUACAUCCACAUUGUUGAAUGGGAUGUCUUUCGUGGAAGGGUGGGAACAGAACUUUUUUAUAUCAAAAUGGAGCAUGCACCAAUUGCUGAUUGAGUGUCCAUCAAUUUACGAACUGAUGGCCUGCCCAGAUUUUCAUUGGGAAAGCCCCCCACUUCUAGAGGUUUGGAGGAAAAAAACAAGCAAUUCCGGAGAUGUUGAUGUUAUGUUGGAGUCCUUCUUGCCAAUGGAAGCUGUAUCAAUAUUUACAGAAGCUCUUGCAUGCAACAAGGCUAGUUGUUGUGGCUUGAAUAUUCCUUUACCUUUCAAUAAGGAUAUAUUGAAAUGGUCCAACGAGACACGAAAAAUUUUGGGUGGUGCUAAGGUUCCGCCGAAUGUUAAAUUCUACAACAUAUAUGGGACCAGUCUAAAGACACCUCAUAGUGUUUGGUACUCUGACUCAAUUUUUUCGAUUAUACUACCUCAUACAUGGAGAUUAUAUUACAAAAUCUAAUUGUUGAUUUCCUUAUAUGGCAGUUAUGGAAGUCAGAAUCAACCUAUCUGUGAUUUGAGGAAAUUACCUCGCUAUCUGGCAAAUUAUAUGAAUGUCGAUGGUGAUGGGACUGUUCCUGUGGAGUCUGCAAGGGUAAACUGUUCUUGUCUCAUUCUGAUGGUUAUCAUUCUGAAACUAAUAGUUCAGUUAUCAAUCGUAAUACAAUCACUGUUUUUUCCUUGACGUGCUUUUCUGAUCCUAGAAGCUGUGCUUUUGUUGGUUUAGCAUUUGUACUACUUUUUUAAUGCAUUAAGGAGGGCUGGUACCUGGGUAUGACAAACACACAUUUUUGGAAACUUCCCUCAUGAUUGCUCAUUGCUCUUCCCUGGUAGAGAUUUCAUAAUUUGUUAUAAUAGACAAUGAGCACUGCCUUAGAAACCUUUGGUUCCAAGAUUGUGGAAUACAACUGAGAGGCCUUAGAAAGGAUCGAGCUAUAUGGUGAUAAUCUCACAACCAUGUUGAAGCUUUAUUUCUGACAGCGACUAAUUUUUGGUAAAAAUGAUAAUCCACAUUGCAGGCUGAUGGACUCAGUGCAGAAGCCAGGGUUGGAGUUCCAGGCGAGCAUCGAGGAAUACUCUCUGACCGCCAUGUUUUUAGAAUUCUGAAACAUUGGCUGAAAGCAGAUCAUGAUCCGUACUACAAUCCUGUAAAUGAUUUUGUUAUACUUCCAACUGCAUUUGAGUUGGAAAAGCAUCAGCAGAAAGGUUUGGAAGUAACUUCCCUGAAAGAGGAAUGGGAAGUCAUUGCAGACGACGCAGAUGAGCAGGAUAAACAGCCUUUGAUGGGUUCAAUAUCUGUUUCCCGUGUUGGAGGCAACGAGGGUUUGCAGGAAGAAGCUUGUGCCACCAUUGUGGUUCACCCUCAUCUAGAUGGUAAGAAGAAGCAUGUCGAACUUAGUGCCGUGUCAGUCUCAGCGAAUGCUUAGAGUUGCUGGCUGCUUCAAUGUAAAUAUACACUCAGAUUUGUUUGUUCCCAAAGACUUUACUGGGUUUGAUGUCUUAUUUAUCAAGAGUUCCAUACUCUUGCCAACCCACUGGGAAAAAACAAACAGAAAAGUAAAUCAGUAAGGUUGGUGCAUUACUCUGUAAAUAUGCUGCUCCCGACCCCAAAGUGGGGAAAUUUAUGUACAUAUUGUUUGCUUUCGGUUGUAAAUUUACGGUAUCUGAAAUAAGUAUCCGAGAGUUGUGUCUAUCUUUUAAACUUUAUUCAAUAUGUAAGACUAUUAGUUUGAAUCGAAUAAAUUGUUUCACCAC